UAUGCCGAAGUUUUUUGGCUUAGAAUGGCUAAGCCUGAUUUAAAGAUUCUUCUUGGAAUAAACUCAGAAAUGGUAGACCCAUUUAGUCAAAUGGCACAAACUGCUGAAGCUAUGGAAGAAUUCAUUGUAAACGUACUGCUGUUUGUCAGAAAGUAUGAUUUUGACGGCAUUGAUCUGAUGUUUGAUUUCCAAGGUUCGUCUGGUAACAAGGCCAAAUUUACAGACCUCAUUAAGUCAAUACGCAAAAUAUUUGAUAUGGAUACAACCAUCAUGAGUCGACGUCCCUUGAUUAUAUCAGCACGAGUACCACCGUUUGAAGAUGAUGUUACUUCUCGAUACGAUGUUGUUUCUUUGAGUCAAUAUCUGAACUUUGUCAAUCUAGAAGCAUUCAACUUUAACAGAAAUUAUAAAAAUACCAUUGUUCAUGGAAGUGCUCUAGAUGCCGAUAAUACAAAUUUGUUCACAAAUAAUCUGAAUGUGAAAACAUCCAUAAAUGUGUGGCUAAAUGCUGGUUUACCAAGAAACAAACUGGUAGUGGGAAUACCUGCUUAUGGCAAUACAUACGAAACUUCACCGGGAACACAUAUGGUAGGAGCCACUGCAUUUGGUUUAGGAAAGGAGGGACAAUGGAGCCUUCAGCAAGGAAAACUAGCCUAUUAUGAAGUUUGCAGGAAUAUUGGUAGUUACUGGACACAAGUUAUGGACACCACACAAGGCGUACCCCAUGCAUAUUAUUAUAAUCAGUGGGUUGGCUAUGAUGAUACGAGCAGCGUACAACAAAAGGUUGAAUACAUUUUGCAAGAGAACUUGCUUGGAGUAAUGAUUGAUGAUUUAGGAAUGGACGACUUUGCUGAUAAUUGUGGUGAUGGCAAAUUUCCAUUGUUGUCAAAAAUUAACGACGUUGUUUCAGAGUCGGCAGAUCCUACUCCAAUAAGACCUACUGUUGGUCCUUUUACAGCUCGCCCUACAACUACCAAAGCAACUACAACAACUACCAGGACGACCACAACACCCAGACUAACAACGAAAACAACAAAAACAACUACAACAACGAUUGCUCAACAAUCUGUUAAAUGUGGAUUAGAUGGUCCUACACCAUGUAAAAAUGGAGCAUACUAUGCAGAUACAUGCGACAAGAAUGUCUUCUAUCAGUGUGUACACGGUAGACCUGUGAAACAACGUUGUAAUUGGAUUCUUGUAUGGGACCAAGCAGGAAAACGAUGUGACUGGCCAAAAACUGUUAAAAGAAUAAUAGACCUAUAUCAUAAAAUGAAUUAAACAUUGCUUUAACAUUUUUCUUUUUUCUAUAGUUUUCUCUUUAUUUCAAUAUAUAUUAGAUUAUCCAUGUAUUUUUCAUGUUCACAUUAAAUUCUCCUGAAUGU